AUGCGGACGGUAUGGCAACUGACCGGCGUCCUACUACUGGCCUCAAGUGUGCUCCAAUCUGCUGUCGCAGCAGUGCUCCGAGUAUCCCUUGCCAGACGUGAACUCGCUAUCGGUAUUGUGACCACGACAACAAACUCCAUCGAUGUCAACGGUGUGGCUUCUCCAUCGACUCGCACUCGUGCAGCUGUCGAUGAAACCACAAAGUCGGGAAACCAUGAAGCACUGCCACGUGGAAACCGUGUCACGCUCCAGAACUUUGGCAACGUGCAGUAUGUCGGCUCCGUGGGAAUCGGGAACCCCCCGCAGUACGUGGACAUGGCCUUCGACACUGGCUCUAGUGACACGUGGGUCCCCGGGGUGCACUGUGCAAGUUGUAGUCCGCAUCAUCGAUUCGAUGCGCUGCAGUCCACGACGUUCUUCGAUACGAGAGCGAAGUUUUACGAUGAGUACGGCAGCGGCUCAGUGUCGGGCACGGUGGGCAUCGACUCAAUCACUGUCUCCGGCUAUGCCGUAACGAACGUCCGCUUUGGCGUAGCUCGCGCAGAGAGUACCAGACUCCAGACAUUUCUAGCCGACGGGAUCUUUGGCUUAGGGUUCGAAAACCUCGCCCACAUCACGCGGCCAACUGCGUUUGCAAAGCUUGCAGGACAACAUGCAGACUUGGCAAACAUGUUUGCGUUCCACCUCACGCCCGAAGCUUCUCGCACUGGCAGUGAACUACACCUCGGGGGCUACGACUUGUCCGUCGUCGGUCCAAACGCGUCUUUUCACUACACGCCCGUGGUCCAACUGCCCCCGUUCGACGCGUUCCUGUACUGGAGCAUCCAGAUGAACGACUUCUCGGUGCUUGCCACGGACGACGAGGCGCACACUGACAGCAGCAACGACAGCCAUCUCGAGAGUGUCGUCCUUGCCACACUGUGUCGACCCUUUUGCUACGCGAUCGUCGACACGGGCACGUCCUUCAUCAGCGUCCCAGCCCGUCACUUCGACGACGUGGUCCGCGCGAUCACCCGCGACUGUGACUGCGACGGCGUCCACUGCAGCGCAGUCGCAGUCAACGACUUUCCCGUGCUGCGCUUUGGCAUAGCGCCCGACCACGUCCUCUUGCUGCAGCCUCAGGACUACAUCUCGUGUGCAGACUACGGCCAGUGCACGCUCCAGCUGCAGGCGUCCAGUGACCACUGCUGGGUCCUCGGCGACGUCUUCCUCAAGACGUACUACACGCUGUUCGAUGCUGAGCACAUGCGCAUCGGCUUUGCGUGCAACAGCAGCGUCUGUCGCGGCAGCGGCACGGGCGACGUGUUCGGCGCGGCCACGACCAGCGACCGCGCGCUCCGUGCCUGGGAAACGGCGCUCCUCCUAUGCGCGUGCGUUGCAGGGGCGAGCGCGCUCGUGCACGUCUGGCAGCUCCACAGUCAUUCAGUGGAUGAUACUGAGGACCGGGAGGCAGCACGAGCGUCGUGUUUGCAGCACGACUGA